ACUUUGACCAUAUAUGGAUCGAAAUUCAUAUUGGAUCUACCAUGCAUUAAUGAGUUAAAAUUAGUGCAGCUGUCGUACAACGUCACCACUUAAGAAAGAACUGAAGCCACAUAGACAAUAACAAACUGAACAGUACAAGUAUAAAAAAGAGAUAAGAACAGAACGAAUAUAGUUGAAGAAAUGGUGGAAUAUGGUCAGCUUACGCGUAAAACACUUAACUACUAGAUGGAACACAGUGCGCUAUGUUUACUAAUUUUGGAAGCACGUAACAAAAUAUCAUCUAAUUAAAGGAAAUAUAAUAUUGUAAGGAGAUAUAUAAUCGACGCUACAGAAAGAAAGAAAAGAAAAGAAAAAGAAAAGUUAAUAUGUCAAGGUCGUUGUUAGCAGAGAAGAUCGGAGCAGCAGGGCGGGUGGUGGCAGUGGCGAUUGAGAACAACAAAACAAGCCAGGAUGCAGCAAAAUGGACAGUUGAUAAUCUUCUUCCAAAAGACCAAGUUCUCGUACUUAUCCAUGUUAGACAACAAGCAUCUUCCAUUCGCUCACCAUACGGAAACCUUUUACCCGUUAAUGGCGACGAUGAUCUGGGAAGAGCAUACAGGCAACAAAUGGAGAAUGAAACCAAAGAGCUUUUCGGCUCAUUUCGUGUCUUCUGCAAUAGAAAAAAUAUCCAAUGCAAAGAAAUCUUGCUGGAAGACACGGAUAUACCUAAGGCGAUAAUAAAUAGCAUUACAUCCUAUUCCAUUGAACUUUUAGUACUUGGAUCAUCAAAGAGCAGCUUUCUCAAAAAAAUCAGGGGUGCGGAGGUUCCAAACCAAGUAUCGAAAGGGGCACCACCAUUCUGCACUGUGUACGUUAUUAACAAAGGAAAAAUCUCAACUGUGAGAUAUGCAACUGCUCAAUUAACUGUUAGACCCCGUAACAGCAUAUUGCCGCUGCACUCUACUCAGUCUCCGUCUCCGUCUGAGUCUUACUCUGAGUCUCAGUUCUUCAGUACUGAAAGAUUCGAUUCGCGGCUGACACGCAACCACCCUCCACGACCACUGGAGAAACCUGGAUACCAUGGAAGGCAGUCCUUGGAGGACUUCUCAAGCCCAAUCAACAAACUUGGUAGACCAGAGCCCAAACCAUAUGAACCGUCGAUGACUCAAUGCGAUAUCUCAUUCGUGAAUGGAAAGCCAGGGGUUGAUAAGUUGUUCUCUUCAUUGUAUGACGAAAGUGUGGACGAUGGAGCUCCCCCUCGUCUUUCUUUGGGAUCUGACUUCGGAGCUAACCUUCUCGACUGCGCUUUCACUUCACAAGAGACAGCUAAUUUUAGCGACGGAUACUCUUUUAAUUCACAGGACAGUGGAGCAUCAUCAAGCCUAGCUAUUUUGGAUGAAGUGGAAACUGAAAUGAGAAGACUUAAGCUAGAACUUGAGCAGUCAAUGGAUGUGUAUAGCACAGCAUGCAAGGAGGCUUUGAUAGCAAAGCAAAAGGCAUUGGAGCUUCGUAAUUUGAAAAUGCGAGAAUGGAAGAAGUUUCAUGGGGAGCAAACUGCUGAAAAAGCAGAGUUGGAAGUAGCUACUAAGGAGAAAGAAAAGUGUAGAGCAGCCUCGAAUGCAGCGGAAGUAUCUAGAAAAAUAGCAGAGUUGGAAGCUAAGAAAAAAAUGAAUUGUGGGAUGAGAAUGAGAGCAGAAGCGGAGCUAAAGCAGUCGGGAGAGGGUUUGUUAUACGGGGGUUCUGCGAGGUAUAGAAGAUACACGGUUGAGGAAAUUGAAGCAGCGACAAAAGGCUUCUCCAACGCUCUCAAGGUGGGUGAAGGAGGUUAUGGGCCAGUGUAUAAGUGUGAACUAGAUCACACACUAGUUGCAAUCAAAGUACUUAAGACAAAUGCAUCUCAAGGAUGGUCACAGUUUCACCAAGAGAUUGAGGUGCUAAGCUGCAUAAGGCAUCCACACAUGGUUCUCCUGCUGGGAGCGUGUCCGGAGAUUGGAUGCCUAGUGUACGAGUACAUGGCUAAUGGAAGCUUAGACGAUUGCCUCUUCCACAGAGGCAAUGCACCAGUCCUCCCAUGGCAGUUAAGAUUCCGAAUUGCUGCAGAGAUUGCAACUGCCCUUCUUUUCCUCCACCAGACAAAGCCGGAGCCACUGGUGCACCGUGACUUGAAACCUGGAAACAUUUUGCUUGAUCGCAACCUGGUGAGCAAGAUUGGUGACGUCGGGUUAGCGAGGCUUGUCCCUCCUUCGGUUUCAGACGUUGUCACACAGUAUAGACUCACAUCAACUGCAGGAACUUUCUGCUACAUUGAUCCUGAGUACCAGCAAACAGGGAUGCUUGGAGUCAAGUCUGAUAUUUACUCACUGGGAGUCAUGCUUCUUCAGAUCAUAACUGCAAGGUCACCAAUGGGUUUGACUCAUCAGGUUGCGAAAGCCAUUCAGAGAGGCACUUUUGCUGAAAUGCUUGACCCUGCUGUUGAGGACUGGCCAAUUCAACAUGCCUUGCAUUUUGCAAAGAUUGGCCUCAGAUGUGCAGAAAUGAAAAGAAAAGAUAGACCUGAUCUUGCAAAAGUUGUAUUGCCUGAGUUAAACAAGCUCAGACAGUUUGCUGAAGAAAACACGCCUAUGAUGAUGUUUGGUGUUGGCGCAGGAUUCGCUUCUCGCUCUACAACAACUUCCUUAUUUCAAGACACCAGCGAAACUCAAUCGUUCUCUGAAAUCUCUGAAAGUAGCCUCUCAAGCACGCCCUCAAUCGAGAAAACUGAAAGUUCCGGGCUUGUGGCCGAAGUUACACUUGGCAUGCGCUUUUAAAGCUGCUCUAGUUCAUAAUCUGAACCAUUUGAACAAGGUAAUGCUAUGAUGAAGAAUGCCUUUUAAGGAAGAGUGAAGAUUUUUCUUUUUACAAAAAAUAAAUAUAUCAUGUAAAAUGCACACUUCCCUUAAAAGAUUAGUUACAAUAUUCAUUCUUCAAUCAACUUUAUUCUUUACCAAAAAAAUUUCCCGUUAACAAUAGAGAUGUAGAAGUGUAUAAAAGCUUGUAGAAGUUAGAAGCUAUUAUGUUAGUUAUGCUGACUCUGGCAUAUUUCUGUUAUUGACAGCAACUAUAUAUAGACUCAUGUAACUAACUCUUUGAUGAUGAUGAUGAUCAAUAACAGAUUCUCCCCCUUAACCAACUCA